UAGUUCAGUGUCAGAGCAAGUCGAGCGACCUCAGGGACGUUUUCUUGGAAAAUGCUUGUUUUUUAAAUUCUCUUUUCAUACUGAUCGACAGUUUUUCAAUUGAAUCUCUUUUGGUUUGAUUUUUGAAGUUGUUGAGAAAAGCGUUCUUGUGGCACUCUGACAUUUUUAUUGAUGUGACGAGGCGUUGGAUCGAACGGCACAUGGCUUCAGUCAACUUUAAACAUUACGAGUGGCAGCUGUCAGAUGGACGUCAGUGGUACAGAAUUGACAAUGACCAUGUGAUCGAGAGCCACUACUGUCAGCCUGGAGCCAAAGGAAUCACCAUCAACACCAGCAACUAUGGGAAGAUCUUCAUAGAUUUUGACACCUUGCAGAUUCCAAACAACACUCUAACAGUACAAAGGCUAAGUUUGCUCCCUGAGGAACAGGCGGAGGACAUCUGCUGGUACUUCCGAGAUGACCUGCUGUGGUGUGAAUAUGGUUCUCAGGGCUCCAGCAUGUUGGUCUCCUCGGCCAACAGUAAAGACAUCGAACAUCAGUUCUCUAUAGAUCCUCAGGGAACCUUCAGCUUCUUCAUCAGCUCCACAACCUACGUGCUCAACUUCUCCACCAUGACCCAAACAAACUGUACCACAGGCAUGUGCAGGGAUGUACGGCGGCGGCCAAAAUUCUCUGAUCACAGUCUUCAUUCGCCCUUCAGUCUUCCUUUGGGCACCACCCCGUCCUCCUCCUCCCAGCUCACUGGUGGAUGCUGCAGGUGGGAGUUCAUGGGAGACAACAACGUGUGGACGGAGUACCAAGCACACGUGUGCUCCUUUGACAGUUCCACUAUUGAGCAACAGUACCAGCUAAACCCCACCGGCCAGCUUCACUUCAACAUUAAGAGAUUCUCGUACACACUGGAUUUUUCAGGAAUGGUCCAAGUCAAUAAUCAAAUCGGGACAAGAAGAGAAGUGAGAAGGAUGGUGGAUGGUAUGAGUCAAACCCACAGAGGUGAAGUACAGUGGCAGUACAGUGAUGACAAUGGAAUGUGGAGAGAUUUUUCCAAAGGAAACAGCCAAUGCAGCGUUUCUAGUCAGGACAUCGAGCUUGAGUACCAGCGGAACCCGUACGGCACCAUGAUGUUCACCACCAAGUACUUCAGAUAUGAGCUUGACUUCUCAGCCAUGACCCAGAGGAAUGUGACCACAAACACUGUGAGAUCCGUGCAAAGAGUCAGUCAGUGACGCGUCUGGAGGCUUAGAACCAUCUGAUUGAGGAAAGUCUCCUCCAUCACAGCCUUCUGUCCUGGGACCGUGUGUUUGGAAUGUGUCAGAAAUGUUUCUCAAAUGCUGCCAACUGUGGAUGAUCUCAUUGGAUAAUCCAGAGCACGUCUUUGUGUUCUAAAACGUUUAAAUUUUGUUAUAUCUGCAGCAAUAUUUUUUUCCUUUUUUGGGGGGGACAAACUGCUCAGUUUGUCACGGUCAUACUUGUUUCUGAAGGGUAAGAUUUCUUUGUACUUCACUGAAGCCUUCCUAAAUUUUCUACAUCACAUAUUGAACAGACCAAUCACUACUCAGUAUGAUUUUGAACAGGCCAAUCAUAAUAAAGGUGGGCUGCAUUUUUCAGUGAAGGAGCUGGAGAUGCACCAACAGGUUUUUUUUUUUUUCUUGACAGUUUUUGUGAAAAAUCUGCACAACAAAAUACAUAUUUGUAAAAACACAUUUUAAGGUGCUUAAAAAUACUGUGAGGCCCAUAAAGGGCUUCUUAAUUAUCCUUUUUAUGUAAAAACCUGUUACUUUGUGGUAGCGACAUGUUAAUGUUAAAUUUAAAAGUUGCUAUUGCUCGCUAAUUUUCCCAAACCAGCUUUCGUGUCCUUUCAGAACAGUUGAUGAUUUCUAAAUGUUUGUUGUACCUACUGCUAAGAAUUACUUUUUUUUUUUAAGUUAAAUGAAGAAAAAGCAUGAAAGGAUCUUGACCUGAUGGAAAGAUUUAUUAUACCACAAUAAAAAAGUUAUUUAUAUCACACCUGUCAGUGGUUUUGUUCCAUUAAUUUAUUGUGGAAAUAUCCAGCAGUUUAGUUCAGUCAAUCAAAAUAAACUUAAUACAGCAUCUUGACCAUCUUUCUUUUCUAUAUGCAGAAAACUGUUUUAAAACCCCUAAAACAAACAAUGACUGCGCUUUGAGAAUGUGCAUGUUUCCUUUAUAUGUACAGAUUUUCAUUCAGUCACCUCAGAAACUUAGAAACACAGAAAAUAUGGGAACCACACACACGACUGCAGUAUUAUACAAAGACACUGUAGAAGAAUAAGCUUUAGUUGUAUGCUUUGGGGUUCUGCCAGGAUACAUGAUAUCCACAUACUGUAAAUAUAGAUUAGCCAGAUACAGAUUAGUAAGAUGGAAAAAAAAAAGCAGAAAUUAUGACAAUGCCACAGGAAAGGUGGCAUUAAUAAAUAAAACAUUAAAAAGCCAAUAUCAGAUCUUGGACUUCAGCAUGAUAAUUAAACAAAAUCACUAUGAUUCGAGGGCAUCUAAAACCUUAAUCUGUGUAAUUUUGUUCAUGAUUCGACAUUUAGAUGUAAACUUUUUUUUUUAAAUGUCAACAGUAUGUAGUUAGCGUACAUCUAGGGAGUUGAUACACUUCGUAUUAUUGCACAUGACUCCUAAGGCCUCUGAUCCAUCAUCACAAGAACAUUAAAAAA